UCUGGAUCUGUGACGUCACCGUCACUGACCCCAUCAGCAGCCGGGACCCGGAUGCACGGAAAGGACGAGGAUACAUGGCCCGGGAGCAAGCUGACAAAAAGAUAUCCCACUACCGAAAUCGGGCUCCCUACGUGGGCUUCUUCCCACUGGCGGUCGAGACAUACGGCUGCCCCUGCGCCGAAGUCCCCACUUUCCUGAAACUGCUGGCAGACACAGGGUUGGGAAUUGACACGGUCCAGCUAGACGUGACGUCCACUGCGUCCAUUCAGGAAGCCGUCAGCACAAUCAUAUCCAAGGCGGGCAAGAUAGACAUUCUAGUGAACAACGCAGGCGCGGGGUGCUUUGGCCCCAUGGCGGAGAUGCCUCUGGAUGCGUUUCGAGGCAACAUGGAGACCAACGUUGUUGGGUUGUUAGCUGUUACACAAGUGGUGGUCCCCCACAUGGUGGAGCAGGGUACUGGCAAGAUUGUCAACAUAGGGUCGGUGUCAGCGUGGAUCACCACCCCCUUUGCGGGCACCUACUGUGCGGCCAAGGCAGCGGUGCACAACAUCUCCCAUGCGCUCAGGAUGGAGCUGAAGCCGUUUGGAAUCCAAGUCAUGCUCGUUGCCCCAGGGGCGAUCAGGUCCAACUUUGGCGGUAACUCAUCCUCGUCAGUCUCCCACCUGCAGCUGAAGAUCUUCUCUCGCUUCCAGAAGCAGAUAGAGGCCAGAGCAGGCGCCUCCCAGACCCCUCAGUCCACACCAGGAGACGUGUUCGCAAGGGCGUUGGUGGAGAAAGCCUUGGCCAAGAGGGUGCCUAUCGAGUGGGCGUUUGGGCACCUGGUGGGCUCAUUCCGCAUCAUGACAUGGCUGCCCUACAGCUUCAGAGACUCGGCACUUAUGAAGAAGUUUGGACUCACGAAGUAGUAAAUGCCCUGUGAAGAGUAAACCAUCCCGUAACAUGUAGAAUGCUGACGGGUCAUUCGGCGUUAUGACUCGGCUGCUUCACAGUUUCAGAGGCACUGUCUUGAUGAUGACGUUUUGAAGAAUGAGGCAGACAUCUUCGACACUGAGGGUGUAUUCCUACUGAACAGAUAUCAGGAACUGCCUAAACAAAAUCGAGUCUGAUACCUGUAUCCCACAAAAACACUGAUAUCAGGAAUUGCCGAGUGCCACAUCAGCGCGAGCAGCUCGCGAUUGUUUGGCACGAAAUAAAAUCAGAGUCGUCUGGCUCUGUCCAAUCCAAACACCGCGUGGAUUUGGCAGCAGUGCUCGGUGACAGUACUGGUGACUCAGUGUUUUCGCCUGUGCCCUCCUCGUUGCCAACCAACCUGACCAAUGUUGGGCACGUGCGCGGGCUUCAAAAUUUGGCUGCUGCGUUUGGAUGUUGCACAGGGUCGGCUGUAUUAGAAGGCUAGCUUAGCUAGGAAGCUAGGAAAGACACA